AUGGAGACAUAUCAUGGCCAUGUCCGCACACCAAACGACGCGAUUGUCUUGUUCGAGGCCUGCCGCAUCGGCAUACUACCACGCGUUCAGCGCCGCCUGUCGGAGAAGGAGCGCCAGCAGAUCAAGUCGGGUUCAGUGUUCGUAUGGGAUGAGCGCGAGGCUGGCAUGAGGAGGUGGACAGACGGCAAGUCGUGGAGUGCAAGCCGAGUGUCCGGCAGCUUCCUGACAUACCGCGAGAUGGAGGGGAAACGAGGAGGAGCAGCACCAACACCGCCGCUCGUCAAGAGGGCAAGCGGCAAGUCUCCUGAGGGCUCUGCGACCGGCGAUUCAGAGGGCGAGGGCCCAGACGGGUAUCGCUACAAGCCAGACGGUCUCAUGAAGCAGUCGUUCAGUAUCACAACCUCGAGCGGCCAGCACCUCCACCUCAUCAGCUACUACUCUCGCUCGAACUCGAACAAUCUCCCACAACCGACCAACGACGCGCAACUGCGACACAUCAGACCUCCGAAGAACAUGUACCCUGAGUCCACUGUCGCCGAGUCGCAGGCCGCACCCGCUGUGACCCGCGGGCCCAUGCCUGGCUCUCCCCACGCUGCUGCUGCCUACACCAUGGGUCAGCCCUCACCAUACGCGCACGCCGGUCCGGUGGCUCCGAUGUAUGCAAUCCCAAUGUAUCCUCCUACGCCACCAACCGGCACGCCUCCCGUCCACCAGUACCGCACAGGUCCUCCAAGCUUCUUCUACCAGCCCAUGUACGCGCCACCUGGAUACUAUAUCCCGCCUCACCCACAAGGCCACGUUCUCGAUCGUUCACCACAGCCUGUUGGACACCCGCAUGCACCGCAGGGCCACCCAAUGUACGCUCACCACCCAUUGUACGCAGCGCACGCCGCGCACGCAGCACACGCAGCACAUGCAGCGCAAGCAGGCCAGUACAUGGUCAGCCCGCCUCCAGCACGCGCACCAUCUUCUGCCGAGUUGGCGCAGCAUCAGCCCCCGCCACCUCCUGUUGCCGCCUCGUCAGGCCCUGAGCCCGGACCCCAACUGCCUGCCAUCAACGGUGCAACUGCAUCCGUCGGUAUCACCAAGCCUCCAACACCUGAUGGCGACAAGUCGCCCGUUCAAAAUGGCGCGGAGAUCAACGCGGCAGCGUCUCGCCCUCUCCCAACACUUACUUCGCUUCUCAACGCCAAUGGUGCUGAAAAAGACAAUCAAACGUCGUCUCGAUCUGGCAGCCGCAGCCCAAACACCGCAUCUCGGUUCCCACGCGAUCUUGCACCGGAGCGCCUCGCGAAGAACAGCACUGCGGCAGAUAGCAGCGCGCUGAACAAGCUCAACAGCGUCUUCGUCAGGUCCUAG